AUCGCUUAGUCCAAUUUGUGUGCAAUUCAAGCGAGCACCAGACCAUGCCAUUGCAUGUAAUACAGGAAAUGCUUACGAAACUGCAGAGCGGCGCCCGCCCAUAAGUUACGCGUAUAAAGCAAAAUGGAUCGCGCAAACUUCUUCAUAAAGUGCAUGACCGAGUAGGAGAACAGGUUGGAGGUCGCAAGCGAUCCAAGUAGAAAUUAAAAAGCCAACAAUGAUAUUCCGCGCGAUUAUAAUUUUCAGUGGCUUGAUACUUGGCCGCUUGGGAGUGGGUGCCAAUACGACUACCACUUUCCAUCGUACUUCAUCGCCAGAGCGCAGUGGACGUGUAAAUCUUUUCUCAUUUCGACCUUUAGGUAAAGAUGUGGCAAUGGGCUUAGACUUUGAAUUACCAUUUCUUCAAGUGCCUAUGAAACAAUAUAAGGACAAGUACGGAAAUUCGCCGGUAAGAGCUAUGGUGAAUAUCAACACAGGAUCGUUGGUUAUCAGCGGUCUAUUGGCCGGUGGCAGCUUGUUUGUGGCUCACAUCAUACGCUCACUUAAUGUAUUUCAGGCGCAUACGGCUGAAGGCGAGUCCGAAUCAGUUGCAGUUGAGAAAAGUAAUGGCAUUGGAGAAGGGAGGCAAACUAAGAAAACUAUGAGCAAAGACGAACGAUCUUCCAAUGUAGAGGAUUAUACAAACGAUGCAAGAAGUCUUUUGGAACACUUCAAGUUAGUCUACAAAAAUGGUACAGGCGAAAGAGUAGAGACCACACUACCCAGCCUACUGGCUCACAUCGCCGAGACUUUCUCGGACAAUGACGUAGACAUAGCAGCUUGCGUACAAAAAUCCAUUUGUUUAUGGCUACAAAAGUCCAGCAAAGAUGUCCAUCAGGGACGGGCGACAAGCUUACAAAAAAUUAUUGAUGGAGUCAGCAGCUACGGAUGGCUUUUGGAUGCGCUGGUACCUUACGAGGAUCUAAGAAGAGCCAUAAAGGCUGGCAAAAUUAAAUCAGAUACCAGCUGUGUGCUGGCAUAUCCCGCAUGCCGAUGGUCCACGCCAGAUAUGCGGUUGGCGGAGCUUAUAAGAACGCAUGUGAACUUUGUUUAAUAUUUUUUAUACUUACUUUUUUCACUACAUUUUCAAAGUGGCAACACUGCUGAUUUUUUAUUACAAUUUACCAUUCAAUUAAUAUUUAUUUAGAGUAUAUUAAAAUCAUAAUUACAAUAUGUAUUUGUGUAUAUGUAUGUAAAUGUUU